AUGAGUGAUGUCAAACUUGAUCGAUUUUGCUCUUAUAUAUUACCUCGAACUCAUCAUUAUAUAAAAAAACUCAUUCUCGACACAACAUCUAUGGAACGUAUUCUUCUUGUUGGUGAUUAUCCAAAUUUGACUUCUCUCGAACUCUUCAAUUUCGAACAAAAGAUAGGUUUUCAUUAUUUUACAGAUGAUAGACCAUUUCGACAUAUUUUUAAACAUCAAAUAACAGAUCUUAUUCUUCAUAAUAAUGAUGAAUAUGAUGAUAAAACAUUAAUGGAUAUUUAUACUAAAAAUGUUUAUGCACAUAUCAUGAUUUUCUUUCAAAAUCUAAAGGAUGAUUUAAUCAACUUGAAGUGUUUCUCAUUAACAAAUUAUAAUUACAUUUAUGAUUAUGAUGAUUUAGUUGUUCCACUUCUUCGUCGUAUGACGCAUCUGGAAAAGUUAACUUUAUAUCUUCGUAUCAGUAAGACCGGUCUAUUCAUUGGUGAUGCAAGUCCAUUUAUUGAUGGUAUACAUCUUCAUAAUGAAAUUCUUGUUCAUAUACCUCAACUUCAUACAUUCAAAUAUUAUAUUAGUACAGAAACGUGCACUGAUUAUUCAAAUCUUCGUAUUUCCAAUCGUGAUAUUCAACAAACAUUUACAAAUAUUAUAAAAUAUGGGCAAACAGCUUGUAUUAUGGAUUAUUAUGGUGCAUCUGGAACUAUAUGUCAUGUUUAUUCGCUUCCAUUCACAUUUACUCAUUUGUACAAAAUUACGACUCACUUUCCAUUUAUUGUAUUUGAUACUGUAACUCACUUAUCUGUGUAUGAUAUUGUUCCAUUUAAACAUGAAUUUUUCAUGCGAAUUAAUCAAGCUUUUCCAUUACUCAAAUGUUUCACUGUAAAGAAUGCUCGAAUGCAGUAUUGGAAUUCUAAUGAUAAUCUAUCAGAUCCAAUUAUUGAAUUUACUCAUCUAAUAUCACUUGAAAUUAUACAUGCGGGUAUGUAUUAUCUUGAACAAUUUCUGGUCAAAACAAAUACACUUCUACCUCGUCUAACUCGUUUAAAAGUCAAUUACAACGACUUGAAAACUGUAACAAUCAAUUUUACAAGAGAAGAAACGCGCCAUAAUUGUUCUAAAGUUAAACAAUUAAUUGUCGAAGACUCAAUCAUUUUUUCAAAAUAUGUUUAUCAAUAUUUUCCUUCAUUGUAA